AGACAUAUACCUCUUCAUUGCUUUGUCAGCAUUCCUUUAACUGUAUGCACCAGCAGCAGCAAUACUACUACUGCUACUACUGCUACUGCUACUACUAUUACUACUAGUGCUACUGCUACUACUACGAUUAGUGCUACUGCUACUACUACUACUACUACUACUACUACUACGACUAGUGCUACUGCUACUACUACUACUACUGCUACUACUACUACUACUACUAAUAAUAAUAAUAAUAGAUUAAGUGGGUGCACGGUGGCUUAGUGGUUAGCACAUUCACCUCACACCGCCAUGAGACUAGGGUUCGCCAUGACUUGAUUCCCGCUGCUGCCCUGUGUGUGCAGAGUUUGCAUUUUCUCCCUGUACUGCGAGGAUUUCCUCCAGGUACUCUGGUUUCCUCCCCCAGUGCAAGUUAUACAUGGUAGGCUGAUUGGCAUCUCCUAAGUGUCCGUAGCGUGUGAGUGUGUAUGUGAUUGUGCCCUGUGAUGGAUUGGCACCCUGUCCAGGGUGUACCCCGCCUUGUGCCCGAUGCUCCCUGGUAUAGGCUCCAGGUUCCCCAUGACCCUUAAGCAUAAGCGGCAUAGAAGAUGGAUGGAUGGAUGGAUGGAUAAUAAAUUAAGCUGAAUGAGUCUUUUACUGAAGGUGCACUGCUGUUUGACCAUUAGGGCAAGAAGGGGAUGUGAUAGUCCAGGAUGGAUAAUAGUUUGCUUAGUGUCCUCCUUUCAACAACCAUCUCAAAACUAUCUGGGCCAUCCCAGGACAGAGCCAGCCUUCUUUAAUAGUUUGUUGAGAUUCCUUGCUUCUCUGGCUCUAAUGCUAGCCCCCAGCAUAUUGACACAAAGAAGACAGCACUUAAAGAUAGACUAUAAGGUACAUAACUAGACGAUAGAUACAAAAGAUAAUGGCACUACUUUCCUUAGAAAGGCCUAGGUGUGAAUGCAAAUCAUAUGGUAGUGGCGGAUGGGUGAUGGUAAAAAGCCUUACACAUUUACAAAGAAAGAAAAGAUGAGGGACUAAUUUGCAAACCUCGGCUCAGCUACAGCACUGUUUCACCACCAGAGGACACUCAUACUAUGUCUAAAGCUCUAUCGCUUUCAAAAGUACUCCUUUCAUUAAUUUCUACUAUUACAUGUAGGCUACUUCCCCACAUGAUGUUCGUGUUGUGCAUGUUUUCUUUUAUGUCGAUAUGAAUGAAAUAAAAGGGGUGUCACUAUUAGGCAUCAUGGUUUACUCACGCCGAAAAACCGAUUCGUCUGAUCUAGAAGUUUCUCUAGAGUAAGCCCAUGUCACUUCCGGAUAAAAUCAAGAAAGGAGACGUUUACUGUCAUGCAGAGAGUGACAGAUUCAUGAAACUGUAUUCAUCUAUAGCCUACAACUUUCACACCGCAUUCCUGGCUGUACACUAUGCACUUUAGUCUAGUGUUAUUGUACUGUGUGUUUGUCUUUGAUGCUGUGGUUAUACACCUGUUGGGUGGAGCAGGGGAAGAGCCUAAGCUGAUGCAAACAGAUGUGCUGCCCUACACCAGUGUCUGAGCAUUUACCUCCACACGGUUUAGUUAUUGCGAUGGACUUUUUAUAACCGAAACGUAUUCGACAAGUGGGGUCAUGGGGUCUAAAUGCAACAUUAUGCCGGAAGCUUAUUUACAUUCUUUAAAAAGAAGGAUUUAAUCAAACCGGAUUGUUUGUUUUGAGUAGUUUGAAUACUGCAGUUCUGUGUAAACUUCCACACGCGACACACUGCACUGCGUUGUUCUUUUCAGGUCGUCGUCUCCUAACUUUUUUUCCUAAUGGAUCGCUUAAAGGUAGUUUUGCAAUAUUUCCAGUCGAAUUCCGAGUCCAUUUCUAAUGGUAUAUGCGUGCUGCUGGCUCUGGUAGCGGUGAAACUCUACACGAGCUUUGAUUUCAACUGCCCUUGUCUGCCGCAGUACAAUAAAAUGUACGCACUCGGUGUGAUGUUUGUUCCUCCGGUUAUUCUCUUCUUACUCGGAAUUUUGGUUAAUCGGCAUACUGGAGUGAUGAUGGAGGAAUGGGCCAGACCUACAGGCAGGAGGGCCAAAAAUCCAGCUGUUGUGAAGUAUUUGUUUUCAGCUAUGAUGCAGCGGGCCAUGUUAGCUCCCAUGGUGUGGAUCCUGGUAUCUUUACUGGAUGGGAAGUGUUUCAUUUGUGCCUUCAGCAUGAGCGUGGACCCUAAACACUUCAGCGGGUUUCCUAGUGACACUGGUCUGGAUCUGAUCAGGAUCAUGGCUAAGGUGCCCUGCAAGGAAGACAGCAUCUUCAAAGACAGUACUUUCCGGAAAGCUGUCUCACGCUAUGUGCGCUGUUACUCUCAAGCAAUAGGUUGGUCCAUCCUUCUCUGCCUUAUUUUUCUGGGUGCAGUGGCUCGAGUCAUUAAACCAUGCUUCAAUCAUGCCGCCUUUCUUCAGACACGCUACUGGAGCAAUUACUUGGACGUUGAGGCAAAGCUUUUUGAUGAGACUUGUGUACAUCAUGCCAGAGAGUUUGCCAAAAAAUGUGUAGUGCAUUUCUUUGAGAGUAUUGAUGAUGAUGGGGUUCUCAGGAUGCCACUAUCCCCCAACCUCAGAUUUAAGAAAAGCCAUGAUGAGAAUGAAGAAGAAGAUGAGCGUCUCCACGGUGUGACCAGGAAGGAUCAGGUGGAUCACUUGCUCCAAACCUGGUUCCAAUGCAAACCUGAGCUGGAUGUGACCAAGAUGGUGUAUAGGCCCACUAAAUGUAUUACUUGGGAAGACCCUAAUGGACAUAUACUUUACUCAGAUGUAUGACGUGACAGUAAAAUAAUAUAAAUAGUGCGUAUAUUUGAAGGAUCAAAUGUAAGAUAGAAAGCUUAUCAAAUUGAAAGAAUGUAGAUGUAAGGCAACCUGUAUUAGAUUUUAAAUGAAUUUAGCUCUUAAUUGUAUGGACUCCUGUUGAAAGGGAAUUUUCACAGUCAUCCCAGUCAACUAAGUUCCUGUAAAACGUUUAUCUUAAAAGUGAAAUAUUUUUAUAUUUGUUUAUAUUUUUAAAACUUAAAAAUGUUCCACAAAACAUCGAGUAAAGCUUUGAUAUUAUGCUACCUCUUUAUUACAACAGUUGUAAAAAAAAAAAAAAGAAAGAAAGAAAGAAAAAAAAAUGUAUGUUAAAGAUAUUGCAUAAAGAUAUAGAAAAAAAGAAUUUUCUACAUCUGACAAUUGCCUGACAAUUGUAUGUACUAGAAAGUUUGCACCAGACUUUCAGACAGUCAAGUUACUGUAGAAACCUUGCAUGUGGAGAUUUGCCUGUGCCAGGACUGGAUUUGUUUCAUUUUGCAUGGCUCUCCCCACACACAUUACUCAGCAGUGACAUGCAUAUGAAUAUGAUGCAAAUGUAGAGAUUCAUAUGUCAGUAAACACAAUAAAGAGAUUUUAACGUUUACUGAUCUUGACAUCAGUGGUUUUCUUGUGCUGCAUGCAGCAGAUAGAUUAUUACUGAUAAUAG